UUCCCAUCUGGCAACACUGCGCACAGACAAACUGUCAUGCGCAGUGAGCAACUCCUGUCUUUUUUCCCAGCGUGGGACAAAAGUAAUCUUAAUUUUAUAAUAAUAAUAAUUGAUUAGAAAUGGCCACCAGCGUGAAAUGGAGGUUGAAACGUUAUGGGCGCUUUAUUCCAGGCACGGGUGAGACCAGCAAGAGGGAACCCUGGAAGACAUUUGAAGCGAAGAAAAACGAACCAGAAAUUAUUCUCACAAUUGUGGACUACGGAUACUUGAUGGUCUUGCAGGGACAAGAGUGCUUGGAGACAAUUCCUUUGAAUGGUGCCAGCGACUUUCUCAAAGUCCUUCAGAAAUCCGACAACUUGAUGAUUCGCCAUACAAUAAAGGGAGCGAGCCGCCUGAUCAGGAUGCAGUUUGAUGGACGUAACAAGACGGAGGCCAUCAAAGAGUGCUCGAGUGCUGCAGAAAAACUCAGAGAGCAUGUGCCCGUCGGCACUCAAGACGACGUCCUGUUGCCAAAUAAUCAGCCCCCUGUGGACGACCCUGCACCAGUGACACAGGGUGAGGCGGCUGGAGGUGAACCUGAGGUUGUUCGUGAAGGAUCGCUGUCAGUUCAGCGUCUUACCCGGAACCUCCUGGGAGAGACCCCUCUGACGCUGCCUCAACUCUACCGUCAAGGCUCCUGGGAACACGGCGAUCUGGAGGCCCUGCUGCGCGUUUGUCUGCUGGAUCCCAGCUUCCACGCUUUGGUGGAGCAGGUCGAGGGUGAGCUGAGGAAAAUACUUCAAGAGUGAAUCAGCUCGACAAGUGAAGGCUGAGAGAGAGAGGUCAAGUCAGCGCUGUUCUUUUGUGUUUGUUUUUUUCCACGCUGUUUGCUACGUAGGCGUUAGGUUGACGUGCUGCCAAAGUUGACUGGAUCGUGGUCGUGGGCUUCGGAGAUUUCAAAUGGCGUUAAAUCCACACAAAUUUAACCACCCCACCCCCCUAAAAAACCCAGUUUGGUUAAUUUUUUUCAAAUUUUUAUUCAGAAAAAAAAAUAUUGGUCUUACUCAUGUUUUGAUCGUGGCUAUAUACUCUGGUCCCGCUGCUCCCCAUGUUACUGCAGGUCCAUUCCCACCGCAGCACACAUCAGUACAUUUGUAUUGAAAGUAGGAGUCAUGCAGCUACAGCAGUUAAUUUUGCUAUGCCAGCUUCCAAGGGAUCCCACAAUAUUAAAGCUUGACUGAUUAAAACAAACUGCCCUCCACUUAUCUAUUCAAGAAUACAUUUUGCAUAGGAUUAUAGCCAUGCUAUAUAGUCGAAGAAAAUAAAAAAUAAUCAAUAAAAUUAGGAAAUAUUAAAAAAAAUAUUCUUUUUUUUUUUUUUUUUUUUUACAGAUUUCCUAUCAUUUGAACACUCAUACUGCAACAUAUACAAGACACUCUAAGUUACUCUCAAAAGAAAUUCAAAGUAAUACACAUACCAUCAAUAUUUAGUUAGUUAAACACACAUGAAUCAUUUUCUGUAUUCACUCUCAUUAGCUUUAAAUACUGCCUGUCAAUGAAGCCCUUGCUUCACAACAAAAGUUCUAUUAAAAGUGGACGUUGCGUCACAAAAUCAAACAUUAAAUGACCAUGAUAUGCUGUACAAAUGUUCAAGAGGGGAACAAAAGAAGACAUUAUAUACUGUAUAUAUAUAUAUAUAUAUAUUUAUAUUUAUAUAAGGAUGACUAUAAAAAAAAAUCUUUUGGGAUGCAAAACAAAAAGCCACACGAGGGAUAACAACAGAAGAUGUCUAUUCUGAGUAUCCUAUUGCGUAAUUAUUUUGCAUGCAUUUACAUGAUAUGUAAUACAAAAGGGGAUCAGCUCGCUUGAGACCCGUGAUUUAAAUCAAUAAAGGAGACAUCAACAUCACAUCAAAAAAAUGUGUACACCUCUUGGGCGGCGAUUCAUAGUCACUAUUCGUCAUCCUGACAUCUCCACGCGACAAGGCAUGCUUAUUUAAGACCGCCGUUCCAAUUCCUUCUCUGUUGCCAGUGUUAUGCUGAUAUUGUUUCUCAUAAAAUGAGACGAGAUAUGCUUUAUUGUUAUUCCCAAAAUAGCCUGCAGCUCCAUCCACCUUUGAUGUAGCCCCAAAACUUGCUGUUUAGCCAUCUCAUCUGCAAAGAGAAAAUGUAGAGAAGGCAAGGCCAUGGAUAAUCCUCGCAAUGUGUUCUAUAUUUAGACUUGCCCCCCCCUCCUCCCAAUCACUACAUGCUUUCUCUUACUUGAGUCGAUUGCUUAUUUCAUGUUCCUUUGGCGGACGUUUUUGUCUUUGUGGUUGUUUGUUGAGUUUGUUUUCCUAGGAAAGAAAAGACAGCUUUAGAAACAUGAAGCAGGUUAAAUAACUUAUGAUGUACGUAGAGGUCUGUUGACUUACAUUGGUCCGACUGGUUCAUCAUCUUUGACAUGCAGGAGAUGAAAAACACAAUAAGGGAGACGUAUGUCAUAUACAAAGGUAUAAACUGUAUGACUAUUAUGUCUAUUAUGUUAGCAUCCGCUUGCCUGUUUCUGAAUGUAAUGGAUGUUUAAUUGAA